AUGAUAAAAUGAAGUCUGACUGAAAUGUCAUAUAUUUAUAUUUUUCGCUUUCUGUCUAAUUGCUGCGUUGUUUAACUUAAAGUUUGAAAUUAUAAAAGCUUUCAACAUAAAGGAUAAUUUAGAAUAUAAGAAUGGAAGUGGAAACAGAAGGAUCGGAAUUAAAUGCAUCAAAGCUGUCGGGACAGAGUAUUGCUUCACCCAAUGGAAGUUAUAGAUCAAGAUCACCAUCUGCUGAAUCGAAUAAGUCCAGAAAGGAUGGUUCAGUAUCUCCAACUCGGUCCCAUUCAGGAUCAAGAAAAUCACGCUCCAGAUCGAGAUCCAGAUCCCAUUCAGGAUCUGUCAAAGCUACUUCUGGAUCUAGAAAAGGUUCUAGAUCUAGAUCAAGAUCAGGUUCCAGGAAGUCAAGAUCGAAUUCAAGAAAUUCUAGGGCAUCACGUUCAAAAUCAAGAUCUCCUUCACAGUCUGCCUCUAGGAAUAUUUCCAAAUCUAGAUCUAGAUCUCCUUCAAACAGAGCUUCAAGAUCCAGAUCAGGCUCUAGAAAAUCUAGAUCUAGGUCGCAUUCUGCUAGAUCAGCUUCAAGGUCUAGAUCGAGAUCUGGAUCUCGAAAAUCAAGAUCUGGCUCUCGAAAGUCAAGAUCUGGAUCUCCCAAGUCACGAGCAGGGUCACAAAAAUCGAGGUCUGGAUCUAGAAAAUCACGAUCUGGAUCACGAAAAUCAAGAUCUGGAUCUCCAAAAUCACGGUCUGGAACUCCAAAAUCUCGAUCUGGAUCCCGCAAGUCAAGAUCUGGAUCACGAAAGUCAAGAUCUGGAUCACCAAAAUCGAGAUCCAAAUCUGGUUCAACAUCACCAAGAAAACGUUCUAGAUCUAGAUCGGGAUCGAGAAGGUCAAGAUCUGGUUCUGGUUCAGUAAAAGCUAAAUCAAGAUCGCGGUCUAGAUCUAAGCAUUCUAAGUCAAAGUCACCGUCAGUUUCCCGGAGAUCCAGAUCUCGAUCGGGAUCUGCAAGGUCAAAUGCUUCUAGAAAAUCGAGAAGUGGAUCAAGAAGAUCAAGAUCAGGAUCAAGGAGGUCACGGUCAGGAUCUAGAAAAUCCAGGUCUCGUUCAGGAUCAGCAAAAUCGGCCGCCUCUAGAAAAUCUAGAAGCGGGUCUAGGAGGUCAAGAUCAGGUUCAUCCCGGUCUGGAUCUAGAAAGUCGAGGUCUGGUUCAAGAAGGUCAAGGUCACAUUCGGAAUCUCGACGGUCAAGAUCUGCUUCUGCUAGGUCACGUUCGGGGUCACGUAGAUCAAGAUCGGGCUCCAGAAAAUCUCGGUCCGGAUCAAGAAGGUCGAGGUCUGGGUCAAGUUCGGCUAGGUCCAGGUCAGGAUCAAGAAGGUCAAGGUCUGGAUCUAGGAGGUCUAGAUCUCGAUCAGGAUCUGGCUCAAGACGGUCAAGGUCAGGUUCAGGAGUAGCUAGGUCUAGGUCGAGAUCAAAAUCGAGAUCUAGAUCUAGAUCGGGUUCGAGGAAAUCUAGGUCACGUUCAGGUUCAAGAAGAUCAAGAUCAGGGUCGGCCAAGUCGAAGUCACAAUCAAGGUCUAGAUCAGGUUCUCCCGCAGAAGGUAAAACUGGCCGUAAACGACACUUAUUGUCUGAUUCUGAGGACGAAGGUGAACAGCAACCGGCAAAGAAGGCUCUGGUAAGUGACGAUGAGGAGGAACCAGGUCCUUCGGAAUUACGGAAAGAGGGCCAGCCAGAGGAACAGGAAAAAGCUCCGCCACAAGAAGAAUAUGACUCAGACGAAGGAAUCGAUAGGAAUAUGGACCACGAGGACAAUGGUUUAUCGGAUUUCGACAGAAUGCUUGCAAGGAAGCGCGAGGAACAAACGAGACGAAGGAAAAGGAAAGACAUUGACAUAAUCAACGAUAACGAUGAUAUAAUCGCCGGUUUACUUGCGGACAUGAAGAAUGCGGCUGAGGACGACAGGAAACUGAACCAGCAAGCGAGACCGGCGACGAAGAAGAUAGGCAUGCUGCACAAAGUAAUGUCGCAACUGAAGAAGCACGACCUGCAGUUGGCCUUUAUAGAACACAACGUGUUGAGCGUUCUGACGGACUGGCUCGCGCCGAUGCCGGAUCGGUCCAUGCCUUCCUUGCAAGUCAGAGAGGCGUUACUUAAACUUCUCGCCGAGUUCCCCAAAGUGGAUCAGGCUACCCUGAAACAUUCGGGGAUAGGAAAGGCCGUGAUGUACCUAUACAAACACCCGAAAGAAACGAAGGAGAACAAGGAGAGAGCCGGUAGAUUAAUUAGCGAAUGGGCCAGGCCGAUCUUCAAUUUAUCAACCGAUUUUAAAGCGUUAAGCCGAGAGGAACGUCUACAGAGAGACUAUGAACAAAUGGGAUCGAAGAGACGGAGGUCGGACGACGAAACGUCCGCCCAAGAGAGGAAGGAGCUCAGUAAAGCUUUGAAUGCGGAGGGAAAACCUCUAAGGCCAGGAGAAAAAGGAUGGGUGGCCAGAGCGAGGGUUCCCAUUCCCUCCAAUAAGGACUAUUUAGUUAGACCGAAGUGGCAGUCUGAAGUAGAUAUUAGUAGGAGCACUAAGAAGGGGCUGAACAGAUUCGAAAAACACUAUAAAAAUUUCCUCGAUAGCAAACGAUUAAAACAAACUAGAAGGGCCGUGGAAAUUUCAAUAGAAGGGAGGAAUAUGGCCUUGUAAUGUAUUUUAUUAGCAAUUUAUUUUUAAACUUAUGUAUAUAUAAGUUAUUUAAUGUUUGUUUUAAAAUGAAUUAUAAAUUCGCGUUAUGUAGAUAUAUCGUACCGAUUUGAAUGUUAAAAGGUUUUUAUAAGAUGCAAGAAAUUUGUAAUUCAUUUUUUAAUGGAAGUGUAUAAAGUCCUGCUAGGAUAGUUUUUUGAGUAUUUCAUUGUUUGUACUGAUAUAUUUACGAUAAAUAAAGAUUACGUUCCACA